UUCUAUCCACCAGACGGCCCGCUCCAUGGGUGACUGGGGCUGGUCACGGUGCAGACGGGACAGGCGGGCUGCCGUCUCACGGUAGCUUUAAAAACAAGGCCCGGGAAGAACCACUCUCGUCUGAUCGUGUGCGGGGUGAUUGACAGCCGAGGGGCACGACCGUUGCUGAGUUUCCCGGAUGUGCGGCGUGCCGGGUGAUACGACAGGCGACAGUCAGUGUUCCCCUCACCCGGCACCAUGUACGGCAUGUUGGUGGAGAGCGUACAGCACUACGUACGGAAGGUGUACGGGGAGGAGAAAUGGCUGCAGAUACUGGAACUCUCUGGCUUCAAAAACACCGUCUUCGCGACGCAGCGCGUGUACAAGGACGACGUGCUGCCGCGGAUCGCCGAGAACUGCUCGGCGGUGGUCAUGGACAAGUCCACCGAAGACUUCCUGCUCUUCUUCGGCACCUGCUUCGUGAACUUCUGGUCGCACUACGGGUACGACCGGGUGGUGCGCGUCAGCGGGCGGCACUUCAGGGACUUCGUGCACGGCAUCGACAACAUCCACGAGAUGAUGAGGUUUAGUUACCCCAAGAUGAAGAGCCCUUCGUUCUACUGUGAGGAGGAGAGUCACGAAGGCUUGACGCUGCACUACCAGAGCUGCAGGACAGGGUACUCCAACUACGUCUGCGGGCAGAUGUCACAAGUGGCCAAAAACUUCUACAAUCUCGACCUGAACAUGGUCAAACUAAAAGACUUUCAGGAGGGACGUGGGUACCACGUGGUGUUCAGACUCUACUUCGACAACAGCGCCUUCAUUCCUCCCAAAAUCAAGUGCAUACGGAGUCUGUCGGUGGAAGAACAGGUCCCUGCUCUCAGGUUCCUCAAACUGUUCCCCUUCUGCGUGGUUUUCCAGAGGAACAUGAAGUUUGUGUACGUCGGAGAGAAGGUGAGAGAGCUUUUUGGAGAAGACGAGUUUCUGACUGCUGAGAAAGUUACGGACAUCUUUUACAUUCGCAGACCUCCUAUGGACUUCACGUGGGAAAAUUUCCUGAGGCUCCAACAGGUGGUGUUUGAGCUGGUGUCCGUGGAGUGUGUGAGGAGUCCGACCCAGAACGGACUCCUACCGGCAGCGCGACACCUCCACCUGCGGGGCCAGAUGCGCUACAUGCCCGACUGGGACUGCGUCAUCUUCCUCUGCUCACCACUCAUCCAGAACACGAACGAGAUGCUUGAGCUGGGCCUGUACAUUAACGACCUGAGCAUGCACGAUAACAGCCGUGAGCUGGUCAUGGCGGGCACGCAGCACAUGGCCAGUCUGGAGGUGUCGUACGAACGGUCCAAACAGCCUGAGGUCUCCUUUCUCCAACUUCUUUCAUACCGGAGGUGUCUUCAAAAGUCCUAUGACAAGGCCGUGAAGUACAGCGAACAGCUGUGCGAGAACAUGAAGAAGUGCGAGGACUGGCGGAAACACAGUGACGAGCUGCUGUACCAGAUGAUCCCGCGGACCGUGGCCGACAGGCUGAGGAGGGGGAUGGACGUCAACGACACCGUAGAGGCGUUUCCGGAAGUGACUGUGAUGUUUAGUUACCUGGUGGGGUUUAUGGAGAUCAGUGCCAAGGUUCCCGCCGUGCAGCUGGUCACCACCAUCAACGACUUCUUCACUCUGUUCGACACCAUCAGUCUCAGACAUGAUGUCUUCAAGUUUGAAACGCUAGGUGACGCUGUGUACAUGGUGGUGGGAGGCGCCCCCGAGCGGAACCCGAGGCACGCUCACUGUGUGGCCGCCCUGGCCUUGGAGCUCAACCGGGAGGUCGAGAGGCUGAAAAACCCUAUCGAUGGCGCAAAACUCAAGGUCAAAAUAGGAAUGCAUUCUGGGCCGGUGGUUGCCGGGGUGAUCUCGCUGAAGAUGCCGCAGUAUUGCAUGGUGGGAGAUACCGUCAACACCGCCUCAAGGAUGGGGACCAAUAGCGAGCCCGGGAAGAUUACGCUCAGUGAAAGCGUCAACAAGCUGCUAUAUGGCGGGGAAUUCAUUACUGCAUAUCGGGGGACCCUACUAGUCAAGGGCAAAGGUCGGAUGAAGACGUACUGGUUGGUGGGCGCGCGAGUCGCCCGGCCCUGCUCCCCUCCCUCCCUGCUCAAGCCGCGCAGCUGGAAGGACCUCCAGCGGGGGAUGAGCAUAGAGUUCGACUGCAUGCACGAGGUCGAAAAGGAGAUGCUCCAGAACAGCCCCCUUCAAGACAUCGCAGAGUCCCAGGAGUCUCUUACAGUGUCUUAAGUUGUUAGUAGUCAUGCCCGUAG